CUGAGGGCCCGGCGUGCGGGCGCUUUCCGGGCCGGUGGCCUCGGCGCCCGCGGCUCUGCGCGGUUGCGGGCCCGGCCCCAUGUCCUUACGGUCCCAGUGCCGCCUUGGCGCGCCCUGACCGGAGCCCUCCCCUCAGUGCUGUUGUCCUCGGCCCCCGGCCGCCGGCGCGCGAAUCGCCGCUGACCCGGCACUUGCAUCCCAAGCGUGCGCGCCAGCCACGAGUCACCUGCGCUGCCCAGCACCGAGCCGCCUGAGGGCCUGGGGGGUGAAAGGACUGGGCUCGCCUCCAGCCCAGGCUUGCAGACCCGCGGGAGAGAAUGUCCUUUCCUGCAGUUCCAUUAUGGGCGUCAGAGGCUUGCAGGGAUUUGUGGGAGGUUCCUGCCCGCAUGUAUGUACAGUAGUGAAUUUCAGAGACCUAGCGGAACGCCACCGAAGCAAGCAUCCUGGGUGCACCCCUACCGUUGUGGUUGAUGCCAUGUGUUGUCUCAGGUACUGGUAUACUCCCAGAUCUUGGAUCUGUGGUGGCCAGUGGCGAGAAUACUUUUCUGCUUUGCAAGAUUUUGUGCAAGCCUUCACAGCUGUCGGCAUCCAGCUGACCUUCUUCUUUGACGGGACUGUGGAGCAGGACAAGCGCCGUGAGUGGGUGAAACGGAGACUCAAGAACAACAGGGAGAUUGCCAAGAUUUUCCACUAUAUCAAGUCGCACAGGGAGCAGCCUGGUAGAAGCAUGUUCUUCAUACCGUCUGGGCUGGCCAUCUUUACGCGGUUUGCUUUGAAGACCCUUGGUCAGGAGACCCUGUGUUCAUUGCAGGAAGCUGACUAUGAGGUGGCGUCCUAUGGCCUCCAGAAUAACUGUCUUGGAAUUCUAGGGGAAGACACAGACUACUUGAUUUAUGACACCUGCCCCUACUUUUCAAUUAGUGAGCUCUGUCUGGAGAGUCUUGAGACUGUCAUGCUCUGUAGAGAGACACUCUGCCAGAGUCUGGGUCUCAGCCUGGCAGACCUCCCUCUGCUGGCCUGCCUCCUUGGCAAUGACAUAAUCCCAGAAGGCAUGUUUGAAAGCUUUCGGUACAAGUGCUUGUCUUCCUACACCUCAGUGAAAGAGAACUUUGACAAAAAAGGUAACAUUAUCUUAGCUGUAGCUGACCACAUAGCUAAAGUUCUUCACUUGUAUCAAGGUGAGAAAAAGCUGGAAGAAAUGUUACCUUUGGGACCAAACAAAGCCCUUUUUCAUAGGGGAGUGGCAUCAUAUCUUUUGCCAGGACAGAAAUCACCAUGGUUUUUCCAAAAACCCAAAGGUGUAAUAACUUUGGAAAAGGAGAUAGUAUCCAUGUGUACAGAGCCUGAAUCCAAGCAGGAAGUUCCCAUGUGUACAGAGCUUGAAUCCAAGCAGGAAGUUCCCAUCAAUAUAGAUCCUGCACCCAAGCAAGAAGUUCCCAUGUGUACACACCCUAAAAUCAAGCAGAAAUUACCUAUAGGUACAGUUCUUGAAUUUAAGGGGGAAGCACUCAUGUGUACAAACCCUGAAAUGCAACAAGAAGGCCCCGUGGAUAUGGAGCCUGAAACGAGGCCACAAGUGACCAUGGUUUCAGACCCUGACAUCUUAAAGGUUGCCAGAGAGCAUCAUGUCCAGGCGGAGAGCUACCUGGUGUACAACAUCAUGAGCAGUGGGGAGGUGGAGUGCAGCAACAGCCUGGAGGACGAACUGGACCAGGCCCUGCCCAGCCAGGCCUUUGUCUACCGCCCUGUGCGGCAGCGCGUCUACGCCCUCUUACUAGGGCACAGUACAGGUGGCUCCAGCACCUGUCCUGCUGUCAAGGAGUGGUUUGUCUACUCUGGGAACCCUCUCAGGCACCCGGACCUCGUCAGGCCUCUGCCGAUGAACAUUCCAGGGGGUAUGCCGAGUUUGAAGCUGCUGUGGCUGAACCAGGAGCCAGGAACACAAGACCGACGCUUGGACACGCUUCUUGCCUGCUUUGACCUUUCUUCGUCCAGAGAAGAGCUGCAGGCGGUGGAGGGCCCCUUUCAGGGUCUGUGCUGUAUCCUGAUCUACCUCUUUGUCCAGGUGGACACUCUUUGCCUGGAGGACCUGCAUGCUUUUAUUGCUCAGGCCUUAUGCCUUCAAGGAAAAUCAGCUGUACAGCUUGAAGACUUGCAGCUUGAUCACAUCGACCCCAGGGCUGUGCAGCUCGGCGCCCUCCUGGUGCGUGGCCUCACCACUCUGGUGCUGGUCAACAGCGCGUGCGGCUUCCCCUGGAGGACAGGCGAGUUCAUGCCUUGGAACAUAUUCGACGGGAAGCUCUUCCAUCAAAAGUACCUUCAGUCCGAGAGGGGAUACGCCACGGAGGCUCUUGUAGAGCAAAACAGGGCACGGCUCGCCACAUUCCACAGCCUGGAGUCGGUUGUGUGCAAGGCCUGCAUGAAGGAGAACAGGCGCGUGGUCAGCAGGCAGCACUGGCAUUCACGUCACUCAGGGAGAUGGGGACGACAGGGAUCCAGCUCCUAUAGGACGAGCUUGGGGUACAGCCGAUCUGGCCAAGGACAGCACUGGAGAGACCAGGGGCCAGGAAAUAGACAAUAUGAGCCUGACCAGUGGAGAAGACACUCAUCAUCCGGCCCUGCCACCUGCCCUCCUGUUCUUCAGACUCAGCUCCCGGCCCAACAUGGCUCCUGUGACGACCCGUGGCGACCUCAGCAGCCUGUAGAUGGGCUUCCCAUUCUUGACACCAGCUCCUUGGCCUCCCGUCCCAAUAAGCUUGUCUUCCACAUCAGCCGCCUCAUUCCCAGUAGUUCAGCUCUUCCAUAUCUUCAGUUUCAAACACUUUUUCUCCAGCCACAUGGCUCACUGCCCCUAGAAUCUGAGCGAUCCUUUGGUCAGAUUAGGACCCCAUCCGCCUGUCCAACCUCCCUUUCCUGGUCCUCACAUUGCUUCUUACCUGUCCUCUCCUACUUGUUUAUCUACUGUGAUCAGUAAUCCAAGUCACUUUCUUGUAUACAUGCUUGAUAGCUUUGCCUCUCUCAUUUUACCAUAUUUAUGUGGUAAAACCACAAACCAGGUUAAAUCCAUCCUCUGCAUUUGGGAUGUGGCCAGAGAGUAAUCCACAGUCAUCCUACUGGUCCCAACUUAAAUUCAUGUUCACUGACCUCAGUGAACUCUCAGUACUGCCCAGAGCUCAUUCUCCAUUCUCUCCCACUAUCCAGGUGGUUCACAUUCCCCUCUCUGCUAGCCUUCAACACUUCCUUCCCAUCCCCAGUCAGAGACAACAAUUUUGUUUUCUGUGCAUUCCCAUGGCCACAUUUAUAACCAAAUACCAGAAGAAAUAGACAAAUUCAUAAUAACAGAGGUAAUAACCUACUUUCUUGCCUACUCAUGGGUGAACUGACCAUGUUCCUAGCUAAUGGCAGUCUCUUCAUCUGCUAACCAAAGUCCCUGCACCGUCCCUCCAGAACCCCUCCACAAUCAGCCAUCAGCCAGGUCCUUCCCGCGCUUAUUCCUCCCACCUCAUGAGAACCUCUGUAGCCUCCUCCUCUCUCCAUCAGUCACAUCGUUUGCUUCCUUUACAGAGAAAUAAUUUUGAACCAAGAAUUCUAUAGUCAGCCAAAUUAGCAUCUAGCUAAGAGGAAAAGUUAAAAUGUUGUCAGAAAUUAGCACAUUUUGACCCACAGUACCUUUACUAAAGAAAAUGAUUGUGCUCAGCCAAAGGAGCAUUAAAAUAACAGCAGUGUGUGGGGUGUAAGAGAUAGUGCUGGACAAAGAAAUCAGUAAAGUGCAUCAUUAUUGCUGGUAUGCAAUUAACUAUAAAAAUAAAUAUGCAAACAAACCAGCAAAAAAAAAAACCCUCAAGAUUAAAAUCCCACAUCAUUACAAGGAAAGUGGUGUGUUUGAAAAAUAAGCUAAAAAGAGUGCGAAAGGCAGACUACAUUUCUUAUUUUUUUUUUGAGAAAGAUUUUCAUUUGAGAGGGAAUAGGUUUUGAAUAAAUCCAAAUAUGUUUAGAAAAAUGUAAGUAUAUGCAGGUUUGCAAAAUAUAGGGGUCUACACUGGAAGGACAUAGAUAAUUCGUAGCUGCUAAGUUGGUGAUAGAUACACAAAUACAUACAUAUAGGUAGGUGAUAGGUAGGUAGACAGAGGAAGGCCUACAUACCUUUUAUGUACCUGGUGUCAUAAAUCAGAAUUAUAAAUCAAAUACAAGGAGAAAUAGACUCAGUAACAGGGAGUAUACUUGACAUAUAUCACUCUCAGAAAUGAACAGAUGAACUAGACCAACAGUAACAUACACUGAAUAAGUCCAUUAACAAGUUUGUUCUAAUAUAAAUGUACAGAAUAAUGUAUACCCUUUUAUCCAUAUUAUUUUCAAAUACAUAGGGAUAGCUCAAAAAUCUAACCAUGUACUAGACUCCAAAGUAAAUCUCAACCAAUUCAGUGAAAAGCACAAACCGCACAAGCCCUAUUUUCUGUCCACAAGAAAAUAACUUGAGAAAUCAACAACAGAAAGAUAAAAAACAAAAGUCUUUUCACUUGGAAAUCAGUCCACUAUUCUAAACAUUAGAGAAAGUCAAAAUCAAAAUUACUUUUAGAAAUAAUAAUAAAGAUUUUGUAAAGAGUGUGAUGUCAGGGCUGAAGUACCAGGAAUCCAUCUCCACCUGGACAACACUUGAAUUGGCAGAAACUGUCCAAAGGAGCUGUUUUGGAACUGUGGAGUCUGUUUGAAGGCCUGCAGCUUCCAGGAGAAGGCUUGGCUGGAAAGUCAUGGUUGGUUCCCAUCAUUUGUGUUUGCCCACCCCCCAGCCCAUGGCAGA